AUGGCAGAAUUAAAUUUGAUGUCUCUUCUUGGCUUAUCUGGCGCGCGUGACUUCCCCACUCUCACGUCUGCCUCACAAUCAACAUCAACAAUUAAUCCAGGUGACAAGACAAAACAAGCAAGACACUUCACCACAAUCAAUGAUGUUCUUGGGAUUUCAUGCACGGUUUCAUUUUCAGUCGUGAAGAACGUCGAAAAAUUCUUUUCUGUCGUCUGUGAAUCAUUUUCUAAGCCCUCCUUUGAAGAUUGGCCUUCCUGUGUCAUAAUAAAUGGAAAGUUGUCAUCACAGUUGAGAGUGCACAAUGGUGAUUUGGUUCAAAUGCAGCUCGAACCUCGUGAACACGACCAUUCCUCCUCCAUCAUUGAUUUUCCAAAUCAUUUUGCCGUUGUUGCUGUUUCGGACCAGUUUGCUUAUGAAACUUCCAGUCUGGCUGAAGAGCUGGAAUUGGACAGCAAACAUGUCCACAUACACCCACUGCUUUGGUUUAAUCUGAAAAAGCCAUGUCAUUAUAAUAACCAUUCAUGUGUUGCAAACACAAAGAUGAAAAUUGUUACUAGACCAUCUCAACAUUUUCAACUAAAAAAUGUACCAUAUGCUAGUAAAGCUGCCAUAUCAUUAGUCCUAUCACCUCACAACAAUUUAUCAAAUGAUAAAUAUGAUUAUUUACUGAAGCAGUACUUUUCUACACCAAGACUGAUACUAUUUUACUUUUAUUGGCAAGGAUUCAGACGUGAAUUCCUACAUUCCAAUGCUGUCCUCAUCAUUGACAACUACACUUCUAUCAUCAUCUUCAUCAUCAAUGUUUUUCAAAUCCGGCCGGGACCGGACUUGGCCGGAUUUGAAAUUCAAAAACCGGCCGGGGCCGGAGCCGGGGCCGAUUUUAGUUACCAUUUUACAUACGUUAGAAAAAAUACUCACAUUUACGUUGAUAGACGCUUAAAUCCGGCCACCAAAUCCGGCCGGGGCCGGAUUCGACCGGAUUUGAAAAAAAGCCGGAUUUUGGCCGGAGCCGGGGCCGAACUUCGGUGCAUCCCUAAUUUUAAGUCAUUAACAGUUGAGUUACUUGUUAUCAUCAUAAGUGAUAUGCAUGAGAGGGACAUACAGCAACACAUUCCGUCUUCAUUCCUCCUGGUUUCGCCAGCUGGAUCAGGUGUGCCACAGUUAUGCACCGCGCUAGCAUCCCAUUACAACAUGCACCUGUACAAUGUAAACUGUGAUAUGCUAGACAACCAAUCCCCUAGUGCACUUGAACUGAAGUUAAAACAUAUUUUUCAUUCAAUACCCAAGUGUCUUCCAUGCCUGGUGCUCUUUGAAAACGUUGAUACGCUAACCAAUGAUAAAGAUGGAAAUGAAGAUAGGAGGUCUGCAUCGACGUUCAGUGAAUGCAUGCACGAGUUGAUGUCCAAACCGUAUGGUUGGCCGGUGGUCGUCAUGGCAACUACUCCAUCUAUACAGUCUGUUUCUUUGCUGUUGCAGAAAUGUUUCAUGAAAAUUUUCACCUUCGAUCCUCCAAGCCAAACUCAACGAAGAAAUUUUUUGAAACUUUUCAUUGGAGAUACGCUUCUCUCUGAGGACGUUGACUUGAAAACACUCUCCAUGCAGACAGGGGGUUUCACAUUUGAUGCCCUAUGCAUUCUCGUCAAUUUAGCCAAAGAACAGGCUUUCUAUAGAAACAAAAAAAUGGUUGAGAAGGCCAAUUGUGCCUUGUUGCAGGUAGACGUGGAGAGAGCACUUAACCAGCUGAAGAAGUUGAACGUCAAUUUCAUCGAUGCUCCUAAGAUACCAAACGUGACAUGGGCAGAUGUUGGAGGACUUGAUGACGUGAAACGUGACGUCAUCGAUACCAUACAACUACCUCUCAACCACACUGACAACAACGCCAACAAAACAACACCAACAGGCAUAUUGUUGUUCGGUCCUCCAGGUACAGGCAAGACUUUGAUGGCAAAAGCCAUUGCUAACGAAUGUUCCUUGAACUUCUUGAGUGUUAAAGGACCUGAGCUCUUAAACAUGUAUGUAGGUCAGAGUGAAGAAAACAUUAGGGAAGUGUUCAGGAAGGCCCGCCAAUCAUCUCCGUGUGUCAUUUUCUUCGAUGAGUUGGAUUCCCUGGCACCCAACCGCGGAAGAACAGCUGAUUCUGGAGGUGUCAUGGAUAGGGUUGUAUCGCAGUUGUUGGCUGAACUUGAUGGCACGACGAAAUCAACUGACUUGUUUGUCAUCGGGGCCACCAAUCGACCCGACCUCAUUGACCCCGCCCUGCUCAGACCUGGAAGGUUCGAUAAAAUGUUGUACCUGGGAGUUGACAGCAGCAGAGAAACGCAACUGAAAAUUAUAAACGCUCUAACGAACAAAUUUCAAAUUGAAGACAGAGGAUGUCUGCAGAGGAUUGUUGACAAAUGUCCUCGCCAGAUGACAGGGGCAGAUUUUUAUGCUCUCUGCUCGGAUGCGCUCAUCUCGGCUACCAGGAGGAUCAUAUCAAAAAUUGAAGCUGGGCAGGCGACACUGGAUGUUCAUGCGGAUGUUGUGGUGACUGAGGACGAUUUCAAUGAAGCGCUCCAUCAAUUCAAACCAUCCUUAUCUCUGAAGGAACUCAUCAGAUAUGAAGAGUUGAAGGAACAGUUCUGCAGCUUUAAUAAAGCUUCUUAA